AUGAGCGCCAUGGCGACGGAGAUCGCCGCCUUCCUCCUGGCCGUCUGCGGGUGGAUCCUGGUGUCGUCCACGCUGCCCAGCGACUACUGGAAGGUGUCCUCGGUGGACGGGACGGUCAUCACCACCGCCACCUUCUGGUCCAACCUGUGGAAGACGUGCGUGACCGACUCCACGGGCGUGUCCAACUGCAAGGACUUCCCCUCCAUGCUGGCUCUGGACGCUUACAUCCAAGUGUGCCGAGGCCUGAUGAUUGCCGCCGUGUGCCUGGGCUUCUUUGGCGCCACACUCGCCCUCCUGGGGAUGAAGUGCACCAAGGUGGGCGGCUCGGAGACCACCAAGGCUCGUUUGGCGUUCCUCGCCGGCUGUCACUACCUCCUGAGUGGUCUGUGCUGCAUGAGCGCCUGCUCCAUUUAUGCCCACCGGAUCACCUCCGACUUCUUCGACCCCUUCUUUGUGGCUCAGAAAUUUGAACUGGGAGCGGCGCUCUUCGUGGGCUGGUCGGGAUCGCUGCUUUGCAUCUUGGGAGGUUUGCUCUUCUGCCUCUCGCUGUGGGAGACCUCCAGGACCAGGCAAGUGGACUCCUCAUGA